AUGACUACUGCUGUUGCCCUCCCAGUUGCUAAGUCCCCAAAGAAGGUGGUCUCUCGAGCUGCUGAGAGAUACCUCAGCAAGAAACAAGGGACUGCUGUCCCUGAGUAUCCUAGUGUGUACAUCUUUGUCAAUCCAACAUCGGGAGGUAAUAAAGCAGGGGAGCUAAUGAAGUUAGGUAUGGAGAAAAUGUCAUUUCAGGACAAGGGAUUGGAGGCUGAUGUAUCAAUAUUCGAUAUCAGAGAGGGUCCUUCUGGGGAGAAGCCAGCAUUUAUGCAGCUACGUGACCUAUUAGAUUCACCCCAAGGGCCCGCUAUGGGUGAUUAUGUUAGAGUAGUGGUAGCAGGUGGGGAUGGGACUGUCAUGUGGGUAUUGCAAGAGUUGAUUCAACAUGGAAUUAAUACUGAUAGAGUGUGUAUCGGCAUCAUACCCUUCGGGACUGGCAAUGAUUUCUCAAGAGCCACGGGGUGGGGACCGUCAGCACCAUCAGACUUUCCUGGCUCCUGCCUUAGUGGCUUUAGAACGUGGCUCAAGCGAUGGCUAUCUGCCACUAUUAAGCAGUUCGACAUAUGGGAGGUGGAGGUUGAUCUUGAUGAUGACGGUGGAGUUAUAUACCAACUUAAGGGUGGUAAGAAGGUACCUCUCACAGAGACUGACACAGAGGUGGGUAAUGCUACCGAUAGGAAGUUAAAGAAGUUGGUCAAGCCUAUGUGUAACUACUUCUCUACUGGUGUGGAGUCCAG